CUCCAAACCUCCAAAUAAUAGUCAAUAAUAAAAGAAAAAAAAAAAAAAAGAGAAGAAGAAGGGGCUGAUUCGAUCUCUUGACCCUCAAGUCGCUGCAGAUGUUUUUGGAUACAGGGCGGAGUUAGAGAGAGAUUGAGCCACAAAUCUUCCUCACAAACGAAAGCUUGCAUCUUUCUUCUGUCAGUCCCAACUACAAAUACUGGUAUCUGCUGAAUCCGACGUCGCUUUUCUUCCUUUUCAGUUUAGCUUAGCAGGGAAUUAGGGCCAAUGUUAAAUGCAAUCUGGUGAAUGUGGAUAAUCCAAUAGGAGGGUAGCUGCUUGUAAUUAUAAAAAUGCAUCUAUUAUAGACUGAAGAACAAAGAAAAGGUUCAUUUGUUUAUGCAAUGGUAAUAUCAUCUUGAUGAUGCCACUGGAUUCAUACAACAUUUCACGCUGAAGAAGGGGGAAAUGCUACCAAAUUGGAAGAAACCCCACAUCGACUUAGUUUCUACCUUCAUCAUAUACAGUUCAUUUAUGUUUUCUGGUACAUCUUGGUGUAAAGGGGGGCGUUAAUGGUGUGCUACAAGAGGAAACCAUGGAGCACAUUUCAGAGAAAAGGUAUCCUGUAAGUGCAAAAGAUUACAAGUUAUUUGAAGAAGUUGGUGAAGGUGUCAGUGCCACUGUUUAUAGGGCUCUCUGUGUUCCACUUAAUGAGAGAGUUGCUAUUAAGGUUCUUGAUCUGGAAAGGUGCAACAAUGACCUGGAUGGCAUUCGGCGAGAGGUACAGACAAUGAGCUUGAUUGAUCAUCCAAAUGUAUUACGAGCACAUUGUUCUUUUACCACUGGUCACAACCUUUGGGUUGUGAUGCCGUAUAUGGCUGGGGGAUCCUGCCUUCAUAUAAUGAAAUAUGCUUAUCCAGAGGGUUUUGAAGAGCCUGUUAUUGCUACCAUGUUGCGUGAGACUCUCAAUGCUCUUGUUUAUCUUCAUAAGCAUGGUCAUAUCCAUAGAGACGUUAAGGCUGGGAACAUCUUAAUUGAUAAUGAUGGUGCAGUUAAAUUAGCAGACUUUGGAGUGUCAGCAUGUAUGUUUGAUACAGGAGAUAGGCAGCGAUCCAGAAAUACCUUUGUUGGAACUCCGUGCUGGAUGGCUCCUGAAGUUAUGCAGCAAUUACAUGGAUAUGACUUUAAAGCAGACAUUUGGUCAUUUGGAAUAACUGCUCUUGAACUUGCUCAUGGCCAUGCUCCUUUCUCCAAGUAUCCACCAAUGAAAGUUUUGCUGAUGACUUUACAAAAUGCACCUCCAGGACUUGACUAUGAAAGAGACAAGAAAUUUUCUAAGUCAUUUAAAGAGAUGGUAGCUGCUUGCUUAGUGAAGGAUCCAAAGAAACGUCCCACCUCAGAAAAGCUUUUGAAACAUCAGUUCUUUAAACAAGCACGGUCAAAUGAAUAUCUUAGACGUACCAUUAUUGAAGGACUUCCUCCUUUAGGAGAGCGUUUUAAGAAGCUGAAGGAAAAAGAGGCUGAUCUUCUUGUUCAGAAUAAGGCUCUGUAUGAAAAUAAGGAGCAAUUAUCACAGCAAGAGUAUAUAAGAGGAAUCAGUGCAUGGAACUUCAACCUUGAGGAUUUGAAAAGUCAGGCUGCUCUUAUUCAGGAUUUUGAUGGCAUACCAAAUGCAGAAGAUCCUGAUGUGAGCAUGAAGCAAGGGGACAGGAACAACAAUGUUGAGCCUACUACAGCUGAGAGCCUGUCCCAUGAAAGGGCUAACCAUUCAACUGCUGCUCCUAGUCAUGAGGAUGGUUUUAGUGAUCUUCAUGAUUUGGAGAGUUCACUUUCUUCAUUUCCUAUUAAACCUCUUCAAGCACUUAAAGGCUGUUUUGAUUUUGGAGAUGAUGAUGUGGAUGGAACUAGUCCAAGUUGGAAAGGUACUGCCCAAACAGAUUCUGAGCAACAGGUUCUUACAAAAUUGUCAGCUAACCAAGAAUGUGAAGCAAAUGAUGGUCAUAAUCCCAGUAGGAGAAGUUCUUUACCACGUAUCGUUGUUAUGGAGCAUAAAAAAUUUUUGAGUGGACCAUUAAUGCCAGAUAAUGCUUUUUCUCCCAAAAAGAUUGUUGGAGAUGAGAACAGGGAUUUUCUACAGCCAAAAUAUCAACCAGAGCGAAACUAUAGUGGUCCAUUGUUAUAUCGACAGAAAAGAGAUGCAAAUAACCUUUCAUCUGCGGAGGAUUUGUCAGAAGGAGCAGUUGUCCAACGUAAGGGACGCUUCAAAGUCACUUCAGCAGAUCUCAGCCCAAAGGGUCCUACAAACUGUUAUUUCAGUCCAGUUUGUGGAGGUUCAACUAGUCUAUCAACAUCAAACCUUACAGUUGCCUCAGUUCUCCCAUCACUGCAUUGCAUUUUGCAGCAGAACGCCAUGCAAAGGGAAGAAAUUCUUAAAUUGAUCAAGUGUGUGGAACAAAGCUCUGGCAAGCAAAUGGAGUCAGCUGAAGCAGCCACAAAUGACCUUUUGCAGAUAUCGCCUACUUCUGCUAGGGAGAGGGAGCUGCAGGCUCAGUUGAUUAAUCUACAACAAAGUAUUGGAAGCCUUGUGGAGGAAUUGCACAGACAGAAGAUGAAAAAUGCUCAGUUAGAAAGACAGUUGAAUGCUUUGGUCUAUAAGUGAAGAAAAUGAAGCUUAUGAUGAUAGUUUCUUCUGUGGGUUGAUAAUUCAUCAGUGACAAAAGAUUGUGACCAUCUGCCAAGCACUUAUGAGGUAUGAAAGCAUCUUAUGAUUUGUAUUUCGAGUGUGUACCAUAUGUGUGAACAAGGCAGACGCCAAAUUUUGAGAUGCCAUUCGUUGAGUCUCACAUCAUGUGUGACAUGUUGUAAUUUAUGACAGCAUUGUAAUUAUAAUAGAGUUUGGCUC